UCAUACCUUGAAGAGCAAUCAAGCCUCAAACUUUUCUGUAGUUUGGACCCAAAAAUGGCUUCCAUUUGCAACCAAAUAGCCUCUUCUUCUACUUCUGUCAUUCGAUGGAAUCACGAUGUUUUCUUGAGUUUUAGAGGUGAAGAUACUCGUUACAAGUUUACUGAUCAUCUGUAUGCAGCUUUGGUUAAUAAAAGCAUUCGAACUUUUAGAGAUGAUAAACUCAAGAGAGGAGAAGAGAUAGCUCCGGAACUGUUGAAAGUUAUUGAAGAGUCGAGGCUUUCCAUAGUUAUUUUUUCAGAAAAUUAUGCUACUUCUAGAUGGUGUUUAGACGAGCUGGUGAAGAUCAUGGAGUGUAGACAAAAAAUUAGACAAAUAGUGGUACCAAUUUUCUACCACGUGGAUCCGUCCGAUCUUCGGAAACAAAAGGGGAGUUGUGGAAAAGCUUUUGCCAGCUAUGAAAGACAUGGAAGGGAUUCCAAGGAGAAGAUACAAAAGUGGAGGGCGGCAUUGACUGAAGCAAGUAAUCUAUCUGGAUGGCAUCUCUUUGAAGGAUAUGAGUCAAAGCAUAUCAAGGAAAUCACUGAGAAUGUAUUCAAAAGAUUGAAUUGUAAACAAUUUGCUAUCGACUCUAAGUUGGUUGGUAUGGAUUCUCGUGUUAAAGAGAUAAGUUUGCAAUUACAUUUGGAAUCAAAUGAUGUUCGUAUUAUUGGAAUAUAUGGAAUUGGUGGAAUAGGCAAAACAACCCUCACCAAAGUUGUAUAUAACCAAUUCUUUUAUGAAUUUGAGCAUGCGAGCUUUCUUGAAGAUGUUAGCGAGAUUUCAAAAAAUCAAGGGUUAUUUCAUUUACAAAAUCAACUUCUAUGUGACAUCCUAGAUGUGGGAGAAAAUAAAUAUAUAAGUACAAUUGGCCAAGGAUCUAAUAUGAUAAGAAACAUUCUCCAAUGGAAAAGAGUUUUUAUUGUUUUGGAUGAUGUUGAUGAUUCAGAUCAAUUGGAAUCCUUAAUUGGAAAUCAUGAUUGGCUUGGAAAAGGAAGUAGAGUCAUCAUAACAACUAGAAAUAAGCAUUUGCUAACAGUGCAAAGAGUGGAUGAGUUAUAUGAGGUUGAGAAAUUAAAUUUUGAAGAAGGUUAUGAGCUCUUUAAUUGGCAUGCCUUUAGACAAAAUUUUUCCAAACAAGAUUUUAUAGAUCUCUCGUAUGAUGCGGUAUCUUAUUGUCAAGGCCAUCCAUUAGCUUUGAAAAUUCUAGGUUCUCUUUUGAUUGAUAAGACAAGACCUCAAUGGCAAAGUGAAUUGCAAAAAUUGAAAAGAGAGCCUUCUGAGAAAAUUCACAAUAUCCUCAAACGAAGUUUUCAUGGGUUAGACCACACACAAAAGGAUAUAUUCCUUGAUAUUGCAUGUUGUUUUAAAGGAGAAGAUAAAAAUUUUGUUUCAAGAAUAUUGGAUGGUUGCAAUUUUUAUGUAGAAAGAGGAUUAAAAGAUCUUAGUGAUAAGUGUCUUAUAACCAUUCUAGAAAAUAGGAUAAAUAUGCAUGAUUUAGUACAGCAAAUGGGUUGGCAAAUUGUUCGUGAAAAGUUUCCUAAUGAGCCUAGCAAAUGGAGCAGAUUAUGGGAUUCCGAAGAUAUUGAACAUGCAUUUGCAACUAGUAAGGCAAUGGAAAAAACAGAGGCAAUAUUCCUGGACCUGUCAAGAUCAAAACAAAUGCAAUUUAAUACAAAAGUUUUUGCAAAGAUGAAAAAACUUAGAUUGCUCAAAGUUUAUUGGAGGGAGAAUUGUGGUUUUAUGAGAAAGGAGUAUAAAUUGAUCAUUCCUAAAAACUUUGAACUUCCUUCAUACGAGCUAAGAUAUCUUCACUGGGAAGGAUAUUCUUUGAAAUCUUUGCCAUCAAAUUUCUAUGGUGAGAAUAUUGUGGAAAUCAAUUUGCGGAAUAGUAAUAUAAGACAACUAUGGCAAGGGAAUAAGUGUCUUGGAAAGUUAAAGGUCUUAGAUUUAUCAGAAUCCAAGUGGCUCAUUGAAAUUCCAAACUUCUCAAAUAUACCAAAUCUAGAACAACUAAUUCUUAAUAACUGUAGAGGUUUGGAUAAGAUUGACUCAUCUAUUGAAAUGCUGAAGAACCUUAAUGUUCUGAAGUUGAGUAGGUGCAAAAAGCUGACAAGUUUGCCAAGUAGCAUGCAGUACUUGGACUCUCUUGAAACUCUUCAUAUAAAUGGUUGCUCAAACUUGGAGGAAUUCCCGGAGAUUAGAUGGAGUUGUAGGAAAGGCUUAAAGGAUAUAUAUUUGGAUAGUACUCCUAUCAAAGAAUUGCCCUUCUCAAUAGAUGAUCUCACCUUAGUUCAGAUAUUAUCUAUGGUUGACUGCAAAAACCUGAGGAGUCUUCCCAGCAGCAUUUGUAGUUUGAAAUCCCUUCAAGGACUCUAUCUCUAUGGCUGUUCAAACCUAGAGACUUUUCCAGAAAUCACAGAAGACAUGACAAAUUUAGAACAUCUUACUUUAUCAGAAACAGCUAUAAAAGAGUUUCCAUCAACCAUUCAACACCUAAAACAGCUCAAAUUGCUGUAUGUGGGAGGCUGUUCAAGACUAGAGAAAUUUCCCAAGAACCUGGAGAUUCUGAAAGAUUCCCUAGCAAAUCUAGAUCUUAGCAAUAGCAAUCUGAUGGAUGGAGCAAUCCCCAAUGAUGUAUGGCGCCUAUCCUUGCUGGAACAUUUAAAUCUGAGUGGAAACAAUUUUCGUCACAUACCUGCUGGAAUAACUCAACUUCGUAAGCUGAGAUACCUAAAAAUCAGUCACUGCAAGAUGCUUCAAGGUAUUCCAGAGCUUCCAUUAAGUCUAAAAUGUAUAGAAGCACAUGAUUGCACCAGCCUGGAAAGUUUAUCAAGUCCAUCAAGUCUACUAUGGUCUUCUCUUCUCCAAUGGUUCAAGUCAGCAAAUUUUCAGGAUAAAGAAGCGCAUGCAAAUAAUGCAGGAAUUAUAAUUCCCGGAAGUAGUGGAAUUCCAGGGUGGGUAUUGCAUCAGGAAAUGGAAAGAGAAGUAAGAAUAGAGCUUCCUAUGAAUUGGUAUAAGGAUAACCACUUCUUGGGAUUUGUUUUGUUCUGUCUUUCUCAAAAUGGCAAUUGUCUUCGUUUAACCUGUGAUUUGAAACUGCAUGAUGAUGAUUCAUAUGAAGUUGUGGAUCGUGUUGAGUUUCCUUCCAUAUGUGGAUACUGCAAGAUUAAUGAUGAUGUAUCAGAUGAAUUGUGGGUAACAUAUUAUCCUAAGAUUUGUAUUCCAGAAAAGUACCAUUCCAAUGAGUUCAAGCACAUUCAGGCUUCAUUUUCUGCUGCAUCAAUACUUCAUGAUUAUGAUAUCAAAAGUUGUGGGAUCCAUCUUAUAUACUCUCAAGAUCAUCAGCAGCAAAAUACCCUGUUAUUAGAUUUUCUUGGCACUCAAGAUGAUGAUCUUCCCAACAAUUUUCAGGACGACGAUAUUGAAUCCAUAGCAGAAGAUACUAAUAAUGGUAAUGUUAAGAGAAGCCGUGAUGAUGCAGAACAAAACCAAGCAGAGGAGCCACCCCAUAAAAGGUUGAGAAUAUCCUUCCCUAUCUUCGUUUCCGUCGCUCAAGCUGUCACGAAAAUUUUUCGGUUCCUGUGGAAUUGGAAUUGGAAGCGAUAGCUGCUAUGAGAGGAGCAAGAAGACCCAUCGAUUAAUAACCCCUUGCUUAAAUUCAAGCACCUAUUCCUACAUUAAUAAUAGCAAUAUGGGACAAGACUUUUGUUUCAACAACUUCUUUGUCCUUGUUGAUUUUGAUUUGCAUGCAUCUUUGAAACAUUGAGAAUUUUGCAUGUUUCAAGUCAUUCACAAGCUCUACCUCAAGAAUGCCUCCAAAUGGUAUCCUGAAGGACUCAUUGGUAAGUCAUCUUUACUUCUUCUUUAAGUUUCAAUGUCAAAGGGAUUAAAUUAAAUAGCUUAAAUUAUUUAUCUAUCUUCAUUAGCAAUUCUUUAAGUUCAACACAUUUUGUCCCACAAUCUAAAACCAGUAUUUUUAUUCUCAUGUGCUUGGUACAAACACCCAGUUAGUGUCACUAAAUUUCUGUCCUUAAGCACUCUGGUUUAAAAAUCCAUAAGCCUAAAUUUUAAAAUCAUUUUGAUUUUAUCAGAGGAACUCAUAAAAUAUAUAGCUAACCUUCUCAUUACUUAUUGUUGAAACAUUAUAAACCUUUUUUUUUCUGAAAAAGUUUAAUGCAGGAAAUUACACUACAGUUUCUUGGACCUAGGCUGAGGACUUGAUUAAUGUAGGUGUGAUAUAUAUCUUUGGCGCCUAAUCGAUAAAAGGUAUGUUAGUUUAAUUUGCCCAUCUCAAUUGAAAUUCCAAUUUUAAUUAAACGUUUCCUUCAACUAUUUUUUGGUUACAAAUUGAUAGAGUUUACAAAGCAAGAAUAAGAAUGCUUUAGAAUGUAUGGACAGGUAGGUUGAAUGUCCUCCUCAACAACAUACGAGUUAAUGAUAAAAUUCUAACAAUUUGUUUUUCUACACAAAAGCUUUUGUUUAAAUUAAUUUUUUAACUCACAAGCUGAUGGUAAUGUUGCAUAUUUUAAAUUCUUUAAGUAUGUUUUCAUUUGAAUAAUAUUUUGGAAACAUAAUUUAAUUAAGAUCACACUGACCUGAAUUUUACUCCGAUCAUGUAUGAUCUCAUUAAUAAUUUUAAAUAUGCAUUGCUACAUUGUGCAUGCGAAAGUGAAAACUUUUAUCUUACGGUACAUUUUUAGGUGGAUGUUUCUAAAGACCAUGGAUAAAGUCAAUCUUUAAAUGGGAGUCCCUUGAGAAAAAUGACAUUGCAGUCUACAAGCAUAAGAUUUUAGAGAGUGCUUGGGUUGGCCAAAGCAUAUGCAGGAGCCUUGACUUACAAGCAAGAAAAAACAUUAGUGAUUGUUGGGUGGCACUAGCUAGAAUGUUACUAUCAAUCUAUCUUGAAUGUAUGAUAGUCUCCAAACAUGAGUUCUUAACAGCUUGAUCCAAGAUGCAUGCUACUAUCCAUCUUGAAUGUAUGAUAGUCUCCAAAUAUCGUUCUAUGUUUUCAGCUAUGAGAUGUGUGGCUGGCACUAGAAUGAACAUUUUGUUGAUGGUGUAAACAUACACAAUAUGGAACAUAAUGAUCUUUCAUAUGUAUAAAAUGCAUUGUUGUCCUACUACCUCAA